AUGGGGAGUGGGUGCCAUAGACCCCUGAGUGGAGGUACCCAGUGGGCAGAAGGAUUUCCCGUCGCUCCUACAGGCUAUGGGUAUACGACGCCGCUGACCGACGCAGGGAAGGCUUUUGCCGUUGCCUUUGCACUCCUGGGCGUCCCAGCCACCAUGCUGCUGCUGACCGCCUCAGUCCAGCGCCUGUCACUGCUUCUGACCCACAAACCCCUGUCCUGGCUGACCCUGCGGAGGGGCUGGGACCCUCGGCAGGCAGCCCGUUGGCACUUGCUGGUCCUGCUGGUGCUUGUGGUGACCGUCUGCUUCCUGGUGCCGGCCGCAGUCUUCAUCCACCUUGAAGAGGCCUGGAGCUUCCUGGAUGCCCUAUACUUCUGUUUCAUCUCCCUGUCCACCAUCGGCCUGGGGGACUACGUGCCUGGAGAGACCCCCGGCCAGCCCUACCAGGCCCUCUACAAGGUACUGGUCACAGUCUACCUCUUCCUGGGACUGGUUGCCAUGGUGCUAGUGCUGCAGACUUUCCGUCACUUGUCCGACCUCCACGGCCUCACACAGCUCAUCCUGAUCCCCACGCCAUGCCCUGCCAGUGAGGAUGAGGAGGACCAGGUGGACAUUCUGGACUCUUCACCAGAGCCACGGCAGCAGCUCAAUGCCGGCUCCCAUGCCAACUAUGCCUCCAUCUCCAGGUAG